UCAGCCAUCACCCAUUCUAUUUGCUUCCCGCACUUCAACACACACCACUCCUCCCCAAAACCUACCUUUAGGGUCUCAACUCUCUCCCCCUCCUUCCUUGUUUUGGUCUCGUUCACUACUGUAUUCGACCACCGUGACCGCCAGUCACCACCGUCACCGCUACUACUCGACAGAUAGCCGAGGGUGGAAACAUGGACCUCAACAUGAACCUCAACAUCUCAAGUACCUUCCAGUAUUGGCUGGUGAAGCACCCGGUCAUCCUCCACUUCUCAUGGAUCCCUGGAGAAACACCGGCCUCCACCCCGCUUUUCCUCACUCUCACCAUCAUUUCCUACCUUGCCCUCACUUUCCUCCUCUCCCACCUCCCUCUCCCGCUCAUCAAACCCCGCCGCCUCAAACCCAUCACCGCCUUCCACAACCUCAACCUCCUCCUCCUCUCCCUCGUCAUGGCCGUCGGUUCCUUAGUCUCCAUCUUCUCCUACGCGCCCUACCCCUUCUGGAUUAUCUGUUUGCCGCCCAAAACCCCGCCAACUGGUCCCCUCUUCUUCUGGGCGUACAUCUUCUACCUCUCAAAAAUCUACGAGUUCGUGGAUACGUUCCUGAUCAUCCUCAGCGGGAGUUUUCAGCGUCUGACAUUCCUCCAUGUCUACCACCACACGAUGGUGCUGGUCAUGUGCUACAUUUGGCUCCACACGUCGCAGUCUCUGUUCCCGGCGGUGAUAGUAGCAAAUGGGACGGUUCACGUGGUUAUGUAUACCUACUACUUGUUGGCUGCGCUCGGGGCCAGGCCAAAGUGGAAGAGGAGGGUGACGGAGUUUCAAAUAUUUCAGUUCAUGUCAAGCUUUGUUGGGUUGGUUUGGAUGCUCAUCUACCAUUUCAAUCGCUCUGCUGGUUGCUCUGGGAUAUGGGGUUGGUGCUUUAACAUUUUUUUCUAUGUUUCCCUUUUGGCUUUGUUCAUGGACUUCCAUCACAAGAGUUAUGGCAGCUCCAAGAAAGAUUUGUGAUCAUGAUGAUGAUGGUGUACGGAUCUCCAAAUCUACGGUGGAUUAUGGUCGUUAUUUGAUGAAUCAAGACUCAAGAGAGAUUAGUGCCCUCGAUUUGAUCCCUUUUAAGACUUUAAGCUAUUGAUUUCUAUUGCAGUUAAGUUGCAUCAAUUGCUUUCUGUUUCUCAUAUUUGAGUAAUUUUUAAUUAAAAGAAAGUCGUUGGAUCCCACAUGUUUUUCUCCUCCGUUUUUUUUAAUAUGUUUAGUGCAUGAUUAUUGUUUCAAUAUUAACAAUAAUUCUACAGGCUAGUUUUGGUUUACUGUAUUUUCAAAACUGCUUAUGUAUUGUGUUGUGAGAAUAAACGGUCGAGAAUAAA